GGAUCAGUUUGUGCGAGCUGACUUUGAACAAACAGCUGAUGGAGGUUUGAUGGCACCAGAGUCACGCUGUACUUCAUUUACUGUCACAUAAAAACAUGAAUUUCUUCAGAUCUCGUCUUUCCAUCGGCAACCUCAUAGGUCAGAGGUGCAGACAGAUCACUGAAACAUGGAGCCACAGAGGGAUGUGUAAUAAACCGCAGGAGGCCAAAGCCGAGCCUCCGCCCGCAGUCCCAGCGCAAGCACCUCGUGCCGGAUUCAGGCUCCCAGGCUACAGACCCUCAAACAUGGACAAGAAGUUUCUGGUCUGGUCGGGACGCUUUAAGACAGCAGACCAGAUACCAGAGCUUGUGUCGUUUGAGACGAUUGAUGCUGCCAGAAACAAAGUCAGAGUGAAAGCCUGCUACCUGAUGAUGGCGGCCACAAUAGGGGCCUGUCUGGUGACAGUGUUUCUGGGAAAAACGGGCUGCAGGCAGACACGAGUCCCUGACGGGUCAAAACAUGGAGAAGAAAGCUAGAUGGAGGGAGGAACUACAGAGAGAGAAGGAAGCUGCUGUCGCUCUGUCUGAGAAGGCUCAGUGAUGGAAGAAAACUCUUCACAGCCCCUCCCGCCCCCCAAUACUGUUCCAAUAGGGUCCCCCUUCUUAUUGUGUAUCACAACUUCAGAGCUCCCCACCGUCAUCCUGGAGAGCGAGCAAAAGAUAUCAGAGCAACUGAUACUUAAUAGUUUUCCAACUUAAAGAUUGACCUUAACAUACAAAUAAGGAUAAGUUUUGAAACCCAGUGUCCAAGUGUUAUCUUUUCAUUGACGCACGAUUUCACCGGUACUGUGAUCAAGGUUUUAGAAGCUUUGUAAUGAUUUCUUGGUAUUUACAACACAGCAAUGUAAUGAUUUUCAAGAAAUCAGUUGAAAAGACACGCUAAUCAGGUUUUCUAUCAGUUCUUCUUGUAAACUUUCAAUACAUACCUCUCAAGCUCUCCUACAAAAAUGCCUUAGGGUUAACCGAUGUUUUUAAAGUUGCCUCAGAGGCAACAGUCCAGCUUGUGAAGACAGCUCAGGCCUCAAGGGUUUCAAAUGGUUUCUAGUUUUCUUAAGACAUUGUCAAGAAGUGGAUCGGGCACAAACCAUUUGCACAAUGGUCUGUCGUGUCCUGAUACUGAUGUAAUUAGGCUGGAUUGUUCAUGGCUGUUGUGACAUCUAUGUUUGUAUAUAGCGUGCACCAAAAAAUUAUCAAUAAACUACUGCUUCUUGAGAA